UCAAUUAAAUGACAUGUGAAAAACAAAAACAACACCACAAGAGAUAAUCAAAAUUCUCACUUAACCUUGUUUACUUUUUUUUUAUGGCUUCCAUUCAAGAACCAAAAUUCCCUUUGAGACUUUUGGUUGACAAAGAAAAAAACCGUGUAGUUGUAGCAGAAUCAAAAAGUGACUUAGUAGACAUUUUGUUUAGUUUUCUCACACUUCCAUUAGGAACUAUCAUUAGGCUUGUGUCCAAUAAUCAACACGAUCAUAUACAUGAAAUUAAUGAUCAACCACAAGAUACAUUUGGUUGCAUCCACAAUCUUUACAAGAGUGUUGAAAAUUUUAGUGAUGGUGUUUUCUGGAACAAUAUUUGCAAGACAAUGUUGCUUCGUCCGCGCAACCCUUGCGAGGCUCUUUGCAAGAAGUUGAAGUUGAAUUUAGAUGAUUCAGAAUCCACUAAGUACUUCAUGUGUGGAAGGUGUAAUAGAGGGAGUGAUUGGUUUUUGAGUACUUUUGUUGGUGCUAGUUGUUGCUAUUGUGGGAAAUUGAUGGACAAAGAAAUGAAGUUGCAUGGAGAUUUUGGUGAAGAGGGGUUGGGUGAUGGUGUUUUUGUUAAGAAGGGAAGUUUGUAUUUGAUUUUUGAUGAUUUGAAAGUGUUGCAAAACUCUCCUGGUAACUCGGUUCAACAACUCCUCCAACUUGGUUACAAGAAUUUGAACAAGUUUAAACAAAUUUCCUUGAAUGUUGGCUUGAAAGAGAUUUUGGACUUGCUAAAGCAAUCAUUAAUCUCAAACUCUCCUCUCACUGACAUAUUUUUGGCAAAUAAAGAAUGUAAAAAGAUGCACAGAUUCUCACCAAAACAAGGACCAAAAGUUGAAAAAUGGACUAACAUAAAACUCAAACUAAUGGUGAGAAAAUCAAAGAAGAAGAUACUCUAUGCUGAAGCUGAGGGAGAUUUUGUUGAUUUUCUCUUGAGUUUCCUCACAACACCAAUUGGAUCUAUUCUAGAACAAUUGGAUGGAGAUUUUUCUCUACGAAGCAUGGAAAAUUUGCACAAAAGUGUGAAAGAGUUCAAUCCAUCAUGGCUCAUAAAGCCUCUACUAGGUAAUCCAUUACCAAAUCCAAAAGUGGCUUCUCAAUUUGGUUGUAAGAAGCAACCACUAAUAAAUAUUUAUGAAGAGAAAACUCCAAGUUAUUGGUAUGGUAAAGGUGUGGUUAAAAAUCAUAUAUGUUAUUCUAAUGUGAAUGGAGUGAUUUCAAAGAAAAAAAGUGGUGUGAAAAAUCCAGAAGCAAUGAAGCUUUUUGAUCCAAGAUCAGCUUAUGGUAGAACUGAAUCUGCUUUGGGAUUUGUGAAGAGGCCAUCACUUUUUGUUGUGUGGGAUGAUUUGCAAGUUACACCAUUGGCAAAUAGUUCAAGUAUUUCAUUUUUGCAUAAGAUGAAUGUUUCUUUGGAUGAUUUGGAGGAGCAUGUAGUGAGCAUCGGAGAAACCGAGGCAUUGAACCUGUUGGGAGCUUCUUUGGUUUCUUCUAAAGAAGCUUUGACAGAAGGCUUGUUCCACCUUCUCUUGAGGCCAAAAGAAGAAGAUAGUGAUUGAAUUGAUCAGUUUUCUGAACUAUGAAUGUUUUAUGUGCUAGAGAGUAAUGUAUUAAAUUAAAUGUGUUCUUAUAUUAAACUGGAGAGGCUAUAUUUAAAUAAAACCAGUUAGUAUUUGACAAAGUCUAGUUGUCUUUGAUGAUCAUAGAUUAGUUUUGGAGCAAUAAGCUAAGCAUAUUUAUUCACAGUAACUUGUGAAAUUUUGAACUGAAAAUUGGGAGCUAAAGCAUAUAGCUAUGUAAUCUUAUAACUUAUUAUUUUA